UACGGCACACUCUGUGAGUUUGAGAAGACCAUGCCAAGCCAGUCAUCAAGGUGUUCCAUAAAUAAAAGCACGGGCAACCAAGUCUGCUAGAUAACGGCCCAACCCGUACAAAUGCACGUUCUCAAUUGACUGAUUAUUACAAUAAGUUCCAUCAAUGCACAGUUUUCAAACGGAUAAUACUGUCACGACUAUUAUUCUUGACCUGAUUACAUAAACGAAUUACUCAAAGUAUAUCUAUACUUGAAGAUAAUAAAAUUUCAAUCAUUAGAUCAAUUUUAAAUAAAAUAAAUGUUGUAUAAAAAAUUAUUUUGAUAUUGGAAUAAUAGAUUAAUAACAAAGAUAAUAUAAGUAUUUAAAACUAAAAUUAUCCCGGAUGUAUUUUUUAACACUCAUUGUCUUUAAAUAAAACCAGUUGAGAUAAAAAUUGAGAGUAGGUAGAAAAAUAGAUAUCACCUAUCUAUGGAUUCCUACUGUGAAGUAAAAGAUAUAAAUCAUUGGAGUGACAAUGAUAGUUUAAAUGUUUGGGAAUUGAGUGGUUUGUUUGAAGGUGAUAUAGUGAUCAAUGAUGUCGAUACAAACGUCAUAGCAAAAAAUGGUUUGGUGAAUAAAACAAUGCAAUGGACCUAUGGUAUUAUUCCUUACAUGAUUAAUUCUGAUAAUUUUGAUGAAAAUGAUAUUGAGAAAAUUCAAAAGGCUAUAGCAGAGUUUCACUCAAAAACAUGUUUAAAGUUUAGACCGUACAAUGAAUUUGACAUAAAUUUUAUAGUUUUUCAAGCUGAUGGCGCUGGAUGUUAUUCUUCAGUCGGCAAACAAGCUCAAUAUCAAAUUAUAAAUCUCCAAAAACCUAAUUGUCUUAAACAUGGUACCAUUGUUCACGAAAUACUUCAUGCAGUAGGAUUCUAUCAUCAACAAAGCACAUUUGAUCGAGAUGAACACGUAAAAAUUUAUUGGAAUAAUAUAAAAAGUGGUAAAGAACAUAAUUUCAGAAAAUACACUUCUGAUAUAGUAACAGAUUAUGAUGUUGGAUAUGAUUAUAAAAGUAUCAUGCAUUACAGUAGUAAGGCUUUUUCAAAAAAUGGUAAUAUAACUAUUGCUCCGAUGAAAGAAAAUACAAUAAUUGGGCAAAGAAAAAAAAUGAGUAAAAAAGAUCUUUUAAAGCUACAAAUUAUGUAUAAAGAUGAAUGUGAAAGACGCUCUGAAUUAACAGAAGACUUUGAUUUUCCACUUAUCAUUAUUAACUAAACAUUUGUUUUUAAUUGUUUAAUGACAAUAA